AUGCUCGCAGUCAAACAACCAAUAAUAACGUGCAACCCUGUGUUUGGUCUGGACUGCGUUCUCACUGGCAGCGAACUGCACCACUGUGAAACCACCCUUUUUGAGCGAACCACGGUGCUAGCAAUAGACCCAGACGAUGGGGACAAUGGGACAGUGGUGUACAGCAUCAGCCCAGAGAACCCCUUCUACACCAUCAACAGCAGCACAGGGAAGAUCAGGACCAGCGGGGUUGUGCUGGACAGAGAGAGUUCCAACCCCAAAGACACCCUGCACAUGAGGACCAUCAUCGUGUCUGCUGUCGACAUUGGCAGACCUCCACUGCGUUCUUCAGUCAGCACCACGGUGUACGUCAACUUGCUGGACCUGAAUGACAACGACCCCACCUUCCUUAACCUGCCCUUUGUGGCCGAGGUGCCAGAAGGCCUGCCUAGUGGAUCCUCUGUGUUCAAGAUCCAGGUGGAUGACCCUGAUGAGGAGGAGAAUGGUAUGGUUACCAUGGCGCUACUGGUGGGCAUGCCACGCCUUGACUUCUAUCUCAACAGCACCACGGGCGUGCUGUACUCCACAGCAACGCUGGACCGCGAGCAGAUUGGCCAGUACCACCUGAGGAUUGUGGCAUACGACAAAGGGCAGAAACCACGCACCUCCACCAGCACCCUCACCAUCACAGUCCUAGAUGCCAACGACGAGACCCCCACGUUCUUCCCCAAAGUGUACAAUGUGUCCCUGCAGGAGAGCGUCCCCAGGGACCAUGUGGUGGCUCACCUCAACUGCUUCGACAACGACGCCGGCCUCAACGCUGAGCUCAGCUACUUCAUCACAGAUGGUAACCAGGAUGGUAAAUUCAGUGUUGGCUUCAGAAAUGGUGUGGUCCGGACUGUGGUUGCCCUGGACAGAGAGACACUGGCUGCAUACAAACUGGUCAUAGAGGCUAUCGACAAUGGUCCAGCAGGCAGCAGGAGGACAGGCACAGCCACAGUGUUUGUAGAAGUACUGGACGUGAACGACAACAGACCCAUCUUCCUCCAGAACAGCUACGAGACCAGCAUACUGGAGAAUGUCCCCAUUGGAACCAGCAUCCUGCAGGUGCAGGCCACAGAUGCAGACCAGGGGGAGAACGGCAGGGUUCUAUACAAGAUCCUCUCUGGAAACAGUAAAAAUCUGUUCAGCAUCAAUGAGUCGUCAGGGCUCGUGACACGGGGCCAGACGGCUCUGGACAGAGAGAGCAGCAGCUCCCACGUGCUGGAGGUAGAGGCCUACAACAGAGACCAAGGCAGGAUGAGGAGCUCCAUACGGGUGAUAGUGUAUGUGGAGGACGCCAACGACGAGCCACCAGUGUUCACCCAGCAGCAGUACAACCGCCUGGGCCUGAGGGAGACCGCUGGCAUUGGCACCUCUGUCAUCGUAGUCCGAGCCACCGACCCCGACACCGGUGACGGCGGGGCGGUGGCCUACGCCAUCAUCUCCGGCUCCGACCGUAAGUUCGAUGUGGACGUGAGCACGGGCUUGGUGACCACUGUAGACUACCUAGACUACGAGACCAAGACCAGCUACCUGAUGAACGUGUCGGCUACUAACCAGGCGCCGCCGUUCCAUCGUGGCUUCUGCACGGUCUACGUGACCUUACUUAACGAGCUGGACGAGGCGGUGGCGUUCUUCUCGGCGGGCUACGAGGUGUCGCUCCAGGAGAACAUCGCCACGGGAACGGAGGUGGUGCAGGUACAGGCGCAGUCGGCGGACAACCUCAACCAGCUGUCGUACCGCUUCGACCCGGACACGUCGCCAGCCGCCCUAACCCUCUUCAAGAUCGACAGUAUCACGGGUUGUAUCACAGUCACAGGGCUGCUGGACAGAGAGAAGGGGGACCUCUACACCCUGACUGUAGUGGCUGACGAUGGGGGACCAAAAAAAGACUCCACUGUGAAGGUGUCAAUCACCAUACUGGAUGAGAAUGACAACAGUCCUGAGUUUGAUAUCACAUCUGAUUCGGCGGUGGAGAUUCCAGAGAACACGCCCAUCGGGAAGAGAGUGGCUGUGGUGCUGGGGCGCGACAAAGAUGCCGGGAAUAAUGGACUGGUGAACUUCAGUCUGGUGGCAGGAAAUAUGCAGGAUGUGUUUGAGAUCCGGACAGUGAACCACACCUAUGGAGAGAUCUACGUCAACUCCCCUCUGGACAGAGAGUCUGUUGACCGCUACCUGCUCAAGGUGCGUGCCAUGGACAGCGGUGUGCCUCCCCACUACAGAGACCUCUCUCUCACUGUCAACAUCCUGGACGUCAACGACAACACACCCAUCAUCGAGAGCCAGGGGGGCUACAACGUCAGCGUCAGCGAAAAUGUGGGGGGCGGUACGUCCGUCCUGCGCGUGGUGGCCACGGACCGUGACAUCGGGACAAACGCCAUGCUCUUCUACUACAUCACCGCGGGUAACCAGGACCUCACCUUCCGUAUGGACCGCAUGACCGGCGAGAUGGUGACCCGACCGUGCCCACCCGACCGCGAGCGCCAGCAGGAGUACCGGCUGACCGUGAUGGUGGAGGACGAUGGCACGCCGCCACUAUCAUCAUCGACCACCAUCUACGUGCAUAUAGUGGAUGAAAACGACAACGCGCCAGAGUUUCCAGAGGAGGAGUAUGUGACGGUGCUGAGCGAGGGCCCCGACACCUUGGGGGCCACCAUUGCCACAGUAACCGCCAUCGACCCAGACGAGGGCCCCAACGGCACCCUCCGAUACACCAUCGACCACGGCAACCUGGCCAUCACCUUCCGCAUCAAUCACAUUACCGGAAAGAUUGUUGCAGUGAAGGAGCUGGACUUUGAGAUCAGCAAUGGACAUUAUGCACUUGUCGUCACAGCAACAGACCAGUGUCCCAUCCAUGCCCUCCGCCUGACAUCCAGCACCACGGUGUUGGUGAAUGUCCUGGAUGUGAACGAUGUGACCCCCACCUUCCCCAAGGACUAUGAGGGGCCCUUUAAGAUAACAGAGGGCCAGCCGGGGCCCCGGGUCUGGACCCUCAAAGCCACCGACCAAGACUCUGGACUCAACGGCAAAGUGGAGUACAGCAUCACUGCUGGAGACCCCCAGAUGGAGGGAGAGCUGCGUGUGAGGAGAGACGUGGAGCUGGACAGAGAGACCACACCCUUCUACAACAUCACUGUCAUGGCCAAAGACCUGGGCAACCCACCACGCAGCAGCAUGGUGGUGGUGGGUGUUCAGGUUCUGGACAUCAAUGACAACGACCCCGUGCUGCUCAACCUGCCCCACAACACCAGUGUGAGCGAGGGGGCGUCCGUCCACACCUCGGUGGCCAGGGUCAGAGCGCGGGAUGCGGACAGUGGACGCAACGCCCUGCUCACCUACAACAUCACCGCCGGAAACCGCGACGGAGCCUUCUACAUCAAUGACACUACAGGGGUGGUGCAGGUGAACAGGCCUCUGGACAGAGAGAGGGUGGCGGAGUACACACUGGCCAUCACGGUCAAAGACAACCCUGAGAACCCCCGCAUCGCUCGCCGGGACUCAGAACUGCUGGUGAUCACAGUUCUGGAUGAGAAUGACAACAGGCCCAUAUUCACACAGACCAGCUACCAGGCUGAGAUCACUGAGAACUCCCCCGCAGGCAGUGCUGUGUUAGUGUUGAAUGGACCAGUGUUGGCUGAGGACAAAGACAUUGGGCCCAACGCUGUGGUCAGGUACCGUCUGCUGGGAACAAGACUGGACCUCUUCACUGUGGACUCUGAUACAGGAGUGGUGUGUGUGCGACAGGUGGCGCUGUUGGACCGUGAGACGUUUGUGGAGCCGUGGGUGGAACUGUUCCUGGUGGGGGAGGAUGUGUGGGGGCUCAACAGCAGUGUGCCCCUCACUGUGACCAUCCUGGAUCAGAACGACAACCCUCCUGUCUUCAACCCCCCCAGCCUAACUGUGCACCUUCCUGAGAACAGCCCCACUGGUGUGGUGGUGACACAGCUGUCUGCCAGUGACGCUGAUUCGGGCUCUAACGCCUGGCUGCUGUACCGGCUGGAGAGUGGCGCCCAGGACCGCUUCAUAGUCGACUCCCUGUCUGGCGCCGUUCUGGUGGGCAACGUCAUCCUCGACCGUGAGGAGCGCGGCUCCUACCACCUGGUCAUCUUGGCUACCGACCGCGGCACGCCCUCGUUGUCGGGCACUGGCACCCUGUCGGUCAUCCUGGAUGAUGUCAAUGACUCGCGACCGCGUUUCAUUGAACCCGUGACGACUAUUAACCUAAACGAGUCUACGCCGCCAGGCGUGGUGGUGGCUACGCUUGCCGCCGAGGAUUAUGACCUACGACCCCGGCUGGAAUAUUACAUAAUCUCUGUGGAGGCCAAGGAUGAUGGGAAUAACCCUGUAGAUGGGCUGCAAGAGUCGUUCGGCAUCGAUUUCCACACGGGUGCUGUGUUUGUGCGUAACCCACUCAACAGAGAGCUGGUGGCCACAUUUGAGAUCCUCGUGUCGGUGCAUGACAACGCUAGUGAUGUCAUCGACAUGUCAGUCAGCGUACCUAAUGCGAGACUGACAGUGAAUGUGCUGGAUGUGAAUGACAACGCUCCGCGGUUCAGACCCUUUGGAGUGGCCAACUUCUCAGAGAAGAUUCUGGAAGGGGCUCAGCCAGGCACCACUCUGCUGUCGGUGUCAGCCGUGGACCCAGACAAAGGCCCUAACGGACAGGUCAUCUACCAGCUGCUACACCUGCCCCGAGGGGACUACCUCAGACUGGAGGACCCCUCUACUGGUAAGAUCGUAGCCAACCAGAUGGUGGACUUUGAGCAGGUGCAGUGGCUGAACUUCACAGUGAGAGCUCAGGACCACGGCAGUCCACCCAGAGUGGCUGAGCUUCCUGUCUACCUGCGUAUAGUAGACAUCAACGAUAACAAGCCCAUCUUUACACAACCCUCUUACAAGAAGCCAGUGUUUGAGGAUGUUGACUUGGGCACGGUCAUAGUGAGAGUCAGUGCCACAGACGCAGACUCGGGCCUCUUCUCUGUCAUCGAGUACGGCCUGGUAGACGGAGAGGGCAAGUUUGGCAUCACUCCCUCCACUGGUGACAUCUACAUUCUGUCUCCACUGGACAGAGAGACUAAAGACCACUACACCCUGACGGCCAUCGCUAGGGACAACCCUGGGGGCAGCCACAACAACCGACGGGAGAACUCUGUUCAGGUCUUGGUUGUCGUUCUGGAUGUGAAUGACUUCCGUCCACGGUUCUCAGAGCAGGUCUUUGAGACCAGUAUGUUUGAGAACGAGCCCAGUGGGACAUCCGUGAUCAAGCUGACUGCCACUGACCUGGAUGAGGGGGAGAACGGUCUGCUGUCCUACAGCAUGCAGGGCCCGGGGGCAGAUGCCUUCUCUCUGGACGCUGACACAGGCCUGGUGCGUUCUCGCCGUCUGCUGCAGUCCUUUGAGUGCUUUAACCUGACGGUGGUGGCCACAGACCAGGGCAGACCACCCCUCUGGGGCACCGCCACCUUACACAUCAUCAUCAUAGAUGUCAACGACAACAGGCCCAUGUUCGUCAGGCCCACCAACGGCACCAUCAUGCACAUCAUGGAGGAGCAGGCCCCAGGUCUACUGGUGUACGAGGUGUUUGCGACAGAUGGGGAUGAGGGGGUGAAUGGAGAGGUGCGCUAUGCCUUCCUCCAGACAGGCGUUAGGAACAGAGAUUGGGAGAACUUCCACAUUGACGCUAUUACAGGAGUCAUCACCACCGCCGUCAAACUGGACCGAGAGAAGCAGGCCCUGCACAGUCUGAUUGUUGUGGCCUAUGACCUAGGUCAGCCCGUGCCUUAUGAGACAACCCAGCCCCUACAGGUGGCGCUGUUGGACAUCGAUGACAACGAGCCCGUCUUCUUCAAGCCCCUGCAAGGCAGCCUGCCGUACCAGACUCUGUCUGUGGCAGAGCACUCUACUCCAGGGACAGUAGUUGGUAAUGUGACAGGAGCUGUGGACGCAGACGAAGGCUCGAACGCUGUAGUCUACUACUUCAUAGCAGGGGGAGAUACUGAGGGGAACUUUGGCCUGAACCCAGAGGGCAUACUGAAGGUGAAGAAGGAUCUGGACCGUGAGGACAUCUCAGUGUACUCCAUCAUCGUCAAGGCAUCCAGCCACAGGAAUUGGGUCCCUCCCAGGGAUCAGAGGUCAGCCCGGGGUAGCGCCCUUGACCCCAGCCAUGACCCCACUCUGCAGGAGAUCAGAAUCUACCUGGAGGACAUCAACGACCAGCCACCACGCUUCACCAAGCUGGAGUACACUGCAGGUGUGGCUGCUGAUGCCAAGGUGGGUUCAGAUCUGAUCCGGGUACAGGCCAUAGACAACGACGUAGGGAACAACAGCCUGGUGCUGUACCAUGUCCUGUCCAUCCGCUACAUUCAACUCCAGUCCAAUGACUCUGAGGACAUAGGAAACGUCUUCACCAUAGGAGAGAUAGAUGGGAUCAUCCGUACCUUUGACCUGUUCACGGCCUACGACCCGGGCUACUUCAUGGUGGAGGUAUUGGCACGGGACCUGGCGGGCCACAGUGACAUCGCCAUGGUGGGCAUCUACAUCCUGCGGGACGACCAGCGGGUGAAGAUCAUCAUCAACGAGGUACCCGAGCGGGUACGACAGUUCCAAGAAGAGUUUAUCAACCUGCUAUCCAACAUCACCAGAGCCAUAGUCAACACGGACGAUGUGCAGUUCCACGUGGACAAGAAAGGCAGAGUGAACUUUGCCCAGACAGACGUGCUCAUACACGUGGUCAACAAGCAGACCAACCGCAUCCUGGAUGUGGAAAAGGUGAUUCAGAUGAUUGAUGAGAACAAGGAACAGCUGAGGAACCUGUUCAGGAAUUACAACAUCCUGGACGUCCAGCCUGCCGUCAGCAGGAGAGCACCUGAUGACCUCACAACGCUACAGAUGGCCAUCAUUAUCCUAGCUGUGUUGCUCUUCUUGGCGGCCAUGUUGUUUAUCUUCACGAACUGGUACUAUCGCACAGUACACAAGAGGAAGCUGAAAGCCAUUGUAGCAGGAUCCACAGGGAACCAAGGUCUCAUGGACAUCCUGGAUAUGCCCAACACCAAUAUAUACUCAUUUGAGGGGGCCAACCCUGUUUGGCUGGACCCGUUCUGUCGGAACCUGGAGCUAGCUGCCCAGGCAGAGCACGAAGACGACCUGCCGGAGAACCUCAGUGAGAUCACUGACCUGUGGAACAGUCCUGCUCGCACUCACGGAACGUUUGGCCGCGAGCCCCAGGCCAAGCCUGGGGAUGAGCGCUACCUGAGGGCAGCCAUCCAGGAGUACGACAACGUCGCCAAGCUGGGCCAGAUCAUGAGGGAGGGGCCCAUUAAGCUGAUCCAGAGUGACCUGGAUGAUGACGAGGAUGAGCGCAUGGGUGACAGCUGGGGCACGCUGCACUUCAAACACAAGCUCCCCGUUGAGAUGAGGGGGCCCGACGGUGUCCACAGCAGCACGGGCACACUCCUAACCUCUGACCUCAACAGCCUGCCCGAGGAUGACCAGCGGGCCCUGGCACGCUCCACAGAGGCGCUGAACGUCACCAACGGCGGGCUGUACGCCGAGCGCAACACCCGUACCGAGUCUGCCAAGUCCACACCGCUGCACCGCAACAAGGAUACCGAUACGCUGACCGAGAGUCAGCUGGAGAUCACAGAGUUAUGACUAGCCGAGGCCUCGCUGGUCUGAGAAGAGCCACGACUGAGUGGAGUGUCCUACUGCUGUCCCCCUGCCUCCUCCCCUCAAAAACUGAAGGUCAGACACUGACCAGGAUACAGCCAUGGGAGAUUGGGGAAAGUGGGUAGAGGGCCAGGGGUUGGAGGAGGUGGAGUGUGUGCAGUCCGGGAACUUCAAAUGCCAGUGAAGAUCUUUGUGAGCCAUGGAUGGCAUGUGUGAGGGAUCCUUUCAAAGAUGGAUUUUAAUUUGAUUUAAUGUCUGAUGGUGGACCAAAUGCAAAGGCCUACGUGUCAAUCGAAGACCUGGAACAUAGAAUUGCAGACCAAAUUGAAAGACUACUAAGAUUAAACAUGGUGAUAAAGAGGACACUAUGGCCGGCUUGUCUGGGACAUCUCUUGCAGGACACCAUUUGGUCUCCUACAGUCAUUCUAAGAUCAAGGUGGAGAGAGGCCAAGACUGGUUUUUAUAAGGACAGAUCUGUCCAAUAACAGCCUAGACCUUGUCAUGUGACUGUCCCACCACACUGUCAGACAGAAGUACACAGUGUCCUUCUGGAGUUACGUCCUAGGUUGCACACACUCCCACACACAAAAAAAGCCACAGACCAGCGAACGGCCACCAAAUGGACUGUAGAAAAUAGUUACAUUUCUAUGUCAUGUAAAAAAAAAAUAUUUACUGUAAAAGAGGUAAGGGAUGAGCACUGAUUGGGUGAGGAAGGGAAGAUCGAUAAGGACAUUAUUUGAGUUGAGAGGACUUCUGUUCUGUCUCCCAAUGAAUGGGGAAUCUUGGGUAUCCUGAAUUUAGAGACCUAACUGGACACCAACAGACAUAGGUCAUGAUAUUUGACUACAGAAGGACUUCUAUGUGUAAUGAUGUCAUCAUUGAGGAGCACAGAUGAAGAACGUUCUGAAGAGGAGGCUUUGUCUGGAUAUUCGCACAAGAGACCAUUUCAGUAUGCAGGGGGUUAAUAAAUAAACCCACUCUGCUAUAGUGGGCCAGUAGCCUGGUUAAACCAGACUGAACGCUGAGCUCGCCACUGUAACAGUGAAAUCCGUUUCGCAUGCCAGGCUAGUGGCCCAGCAGAGCAGCUCUAGGACUGGAUGAACCCAUAAUAAAAAGAGAACACUUAUAGACAGCCACAGCGAGCGCAUUCAAUACAGUUCUUCACUUCUCAAGUUACAUGAGCAAUAUGACAAUGAAAAUAAUAAUUGGGACUGAGUAAGAGUGGAACAAUGCCUCAUAUUCGGGCUAGUCAAUCCGUAGCACUGAAGAUCUGUGGUAUAGCAAGAUUGAAAUAUAAAGGUAAUUUCCGAUUGAGCCGAUAUAUGUAGUGUUUACCGUGAAUGCAGUCUCCGAGAAUGCUGAAACAAUGCCUUUAAAUUUCAAUCGCACUAUACCCCGAUUCUUCAGCCCUUGGAUUGCUAGGAGGGGUAAGGGUGGGAGUAUAUAAAAAAAAAAUGAAAAUUUGUGGGUAACAUAAGAGGGCAUGCUGCCCCACAAAAAAUACUUGACACUGCCACCAGAGUUCAUGGUAAAAAAAUAAACUAAAAAAAUAUGGCCCUUCGAGAAAAUAUUUUGGAAGAAAAAAAUGCUGCUUUACCAAAAUGGGUAAAGCCAAAAUGGAUGUUUGGAAUAUGUGUACUACAUUGUACUUUGGAGACAUUUGUCUGUUUUCCUUUUGUGUAGCAACUGUUUCCCAACCUGAGUGUUUAGCAUGAUUUAUUUUUAUACUCCAGUUUUGAACGUUUUAAUUUGUCUUUAUUCUCACCAGCCCUGAGAAACGUGUUGAGAAAUAUUGUUGGUGGAUGAUCUGUGAUAAAAAAAUAAAUAUGCAACUGCCUCCGCCCCGGGGUCAGUGGGUUGAUAGGA